UUUUUUUUCUUACCGCUAGUUCUAUGUCAUUUAUCCGUUCGCACGUUCCAGCCCAUAAUCAAUGGCUCAUCGUUGAUCAAUAUGGCUGGUCUGACUGUGGACGUCGAUAAAGAUAAUUCGUUAGUUUUCAGAAUGUUGACGGGGAAAUGUGCUACUACAGUGGCGCGUAUGUGCGCUCGACCUCUUGCUACGCAAGCGGUGGAUCCGACAGCAGCAAGUCCGAUAUAUCUUGAUGUACAAGCCACUUCUCCUAUGGAUCCUCGAGUUAUUGAUGCUAUGCUUCCGUACAUGAUAAAUGAUUACGGUAAUCCUCAUUCGAGGACUCAUGCAUAUGGGUGGAAGGCUGAAGAAGCUGUGGAAAAAGCUCGUGCCCAAGUAGCUUCUCUUGUCAAGGCGGAUCCGAGAGAGAUCAUAUUCACGUCGGGAGCGACGGAGUCAAAUAACACCGCAGUGAAGGGAGUGGCGAAAUUUCAACGUCACACCGGAAAAAAUCAUGUCAUUACAUUACAAACGGAACAUAAGUGUGUGUUAGAUUCUUGCCGGCAGUUAGAAACAGAGGGAUUCAAAGUCACUUAUCUGCCUGUUGAUCACGGAGGAAGAGUAGAUUUGAAGGAGCUUGAACAAGCUAUAACUCCAAAAACUUGUCUUGUAUCAGCCAUGACAGUUAACAACGAAAUUGGAGUGAUCCAGCCAAUUAAGGAAAUAGCAGAAAUAUGUCACUCAAAAAAGGUGGCGUUUCAUACGGAUGCCGCCCAGGCUGUCGGAAAGAUACCAAUCGAUGUGAAUGAUUUGAAAGUCGACUUGAUGUCCAUAUCAGGUCAUAAGAUCUACGGUCCCAAAGGUGUUGGGGCUCUUUACGUCCGUCGUCGACCUCGCGUUCGACUUGAAGCACAGAUGAAUGGUGGAGGACAAGAGCGCGGUAUACGCUCUGGGACAGUACCACAUCCGCUCUGUGUGGGAUUGGGAGCAGCUUGUCGCAUCGCUGAAGAAGAAAUGGCAAUGGAUGCAGCGCACAUCAAUCGUCUUUCAAAAAUGCUCAUUGAUGGCAUACAAUCAAAGUGCAGUGAUAUCAUUCGGAACGUAGAUCCCGAACACGCUUAUCCAGGAUGUGUAAACUUGUCUUUCGCUUAUGUCGAAGGAGAAUCGUUGUUGAUGGCGUUGAAAAGUAUAGCGUUGUCAUCUGGUAGUGCAUGUACUUCUGCUUCACUUGAGCCAUCAUACGUGUUGCGCGCACUUGGAACCAGUGAAGACUUGGCACAUUCAUCCAUUCGAUUUGGAAUUGGUCGGUUUACUACGGAGGAAGAGAUACAACACACGAUCGACCGUUGUAUAAAGGAAGUAGAAAGAUUGCGAGAGUUGAGUCCACUUUGGGAAAUGGUUCAGGAAGGUAUCGACCUGAAGAGUAUACAGUGGACGCAACAUUGAGACUUUCCUUCAUGAGACACUGAACCAUUGUUGAUUUGAAGUAGUUGUAGAAGUACAGGUAGCCAGUGGUUAUCGUGUCGCUAACUGUAUAUACCCUUUUGUUGUCCCUUACCAGCUAGCAUCUGAAGCCUAGGUCGUACCUGUAAUAAAUUAGCCAACAGUAUUCUUCUUAAUGAAUGUAGGCCAGUUUUUUGGUUCUUCGCAGAAAACGCAGGACAGAUUUUUAUUUAUGUGAUGCUUCCGCUUUUUCUUCCUAGAGUGUAACCUCUUUAUAUUGUUAGCUCUUUCCGCCAGGUCACCAUGUAUUGUUACUGUACAUACGAUUCUGACAUUGUCUUUGCUGGUAUGCUUCGCAGUACAAUAAAUAACGAACAGUUGAG